CCCUAACAUCACUCUUUUUCGCAGGAGCCGAAAACAAGCUCUCUGCUUCACAAGACCACCGCAACACCGAAACCCUUCUCUGUAGAGCGGAACAGAAGAUAUAAAAUAACUGUGUUUGUUUUGUUAUCGGUCACAAUGACUGAGUUGAUGGAAUCAGUGGAAGCAAAAGCCGAAUCGGAAGGGCAUUCCCUUUUCAACAGGAAGAUCGAGUUUCACCCGGCUCGAAAGCCUUUCAAUGGGUUCAGCAAUGGCGGUGUGGAUUUCCAGAUUGAAAUUUUGAACCCCUCCAGCUCGGAUCCUCAGAAGACAGGGUCUAGUUCGGGUCAGUCGACUCCAAAGGGAAAGAAAAUGGACGGUUUGGAAUCCUUGGAGAACGGACUGGAUCCAGAGCUUAUUAGUUUAAGGAUCACCUCUCGUAGAAUUGGUGCUGGUUUGGAAAACCUUGGAAACACUUGUUUCCUCAACUCAGUGUUGCAGUGCUUGACAUACACAGAGCCUUUAGCAGCGUACUUGCAAAGUGGCAAGCAUCAAAAUUCUUGCCGCAUUGCUGGAUUUUGUGCCUUAUGCGCCAUCCAGAAGCAUGUUAGCCGUGCUCUUGAAGCAACGGGGAGAUCAUUAGCGCCUAAGGAUCUUGUCUCGAACUUGCGAUGCAUAUCUCGGAACUUUCGAAAUGCUAGACAGGAGGAUGCACAUGAAUACAUGGUGAACUUGCUCGAAUCUAUGCAUAAAUGCUGCUUACCAUCAGGAGUGCCUAGUGAAUCUCCUAGUGCUUAUGAGAAGAGUUUGGUACAUAAAAUCUUUGGUGGUCGCCUCCGUAGUCAGGUGAAAUGCGUGCAAUGUUCGUACAGCUCCAACAAGUAUGAUCCAUUUUUAGAUUUAAGCCUUGAAAUAAUCAAGGCGGAUUCAUUGAUUAAAGCCCUUUCAAACUUCACUGCUGCUGAGCUGUUAGAUGGAGGAGAGAGGCAAUAUCAGUGCCAGCGAUGCAAGCAGAAAGUUAGGGCUCUCAAGCAGCUUACAGUUCACAAUGCUCCUUUUGUACUUACUGUUCAUUUAAAACGGUUCCGUUCACAUGAUCCUGGACAAAAAAUCGACAAGAAGGUUUUCUUUGGACCUACAUUAGACAUGAAACCUUUUGUCAGCGGAUCCUAUCAGCAAGGAGAUUUAAAGUACACUCUCUAUGGUGUUCUAGUUCAUUAUGGUUGGAGCACCCGCUCUGGUCAUUAUUCUUGCUUUGUUCGCACAUCCAGUGGCAUGUGGUACUCACUUGAUGACAACCGGGUCUGCCAAGUGAGUGAGAGGACUGUUUUAGAACAGAAGGCUUACAUGUUGUUCUAUGUUCGCGAUAGAAGAGAUAUUGUUCCUAGGAAACCUGUUGAUAUUAUUCAAAAAGAGAUCUCGAAACCAAAUCUUAAUGUGAAUCAGUCAUGUUCAUCUUUGAACCAACCAUCCAAGGAUAGUGCACAAAAUGGUUCUGCUGAGAAUGGAUUAUGUGGUGCAUCUUGUGUUGCUGAAUCUAAAAAGGAUGCUGUAAUUCAGAGUUCAUCGGAAAAGACCAUUCCAAAGAAAGAACCCUUCCUGCAUAACUAUGACCAGGUAAAGACAAAAUGCCUAGAGCUGAAGAAGGGCCCAAUAAGAAACCCAUCUUCUACUGCACCAUCACCUACAAAGCCAUCAGAAGUUUCAAAGCCUGAUGUAGGAAAAGACAUGCCCCCUCUGAUGUUUUCUGUGGAAAGCAAUGGUAACACCCCCAAGGUUGAUAUUGCCAUCCCCAAAGUCGGUGCAAUUACUAAUGAACAGGAUGAGAAUACAAGAUCCAAUGAAGAUUUGAGUGUCUCUGCGACAACCUCAGACAAUUGCAUUGAUCCCUCAAACUCUGCAACUGAGAAGCUUGCGAAAGUUGAUUCCUUGCAGAAGAUUUCUGUUUCCGAGAGUGCUGUAUCAAUCAUGGGCCCCUCUGUGCAAUCUGGUGAUAAAACCUUGGAUGGCAUUUCAAGUCCAUCUGGGUUUUCUGAUAAGCAAAUGUUGGAGAAAAUCGAAUCUAAUAAAGGCAUCCCUAGUGAGGGAACUGUGUCGAAUCCUCCUGGUGAUCAAUUGAUGGAAUCAACAGCCGUGUCUGUUUUGACAGAUGGAUUGAUACAGAAGAAACCUUCUGAUAGAAGACCUCGCAGAAAACUUAAGAAGUGUCGGAUUGCAAAGAUGCAUUUUGGUUCAAAACUUUUCAACGUGUCCCUUGGGAUCCGGAAGAAGAAGCAUAAAAGGAGAAAAGGAUGCAGUUUGGACAUACAUAAUAAAGAAUGCUUAUUGGAUGAGUGUCUUACUUCUGAUCUGGGGCCAUCCACUUCUGAGAAAUCGGGGAAAUUUUCGUCGCGUUCAAGUCAUGCUCAGAAGAAGGGGGCUAAAUUUGGUUCAAGAGAAAGGAGUGGCAUUGUCAUGAAGGGUGUAGAGAGUCAACAUGGUGAUUCUUUGAUGGAUAUUAGAGACAAAGAUCUCAAAGAUAGAAUUUGUGAGAAUGUUUUCAAUGGUACUGUACGCGCAACUGAUGUGCAGUCACAAAAGAUUUCUUGCUCUAUCUCAGCAGCAGACCAGCAGCAUUCAACUGAUCUUAAUCGUUCAAAUGAUAGCGAAAGGGAGGCUGUGCAAAGUGGGAUGAUGAAUAUGCUUACUAGAGGUCUGGCAGAGACAGUCGUGGCAUGUUGGGAUGGGAUACAACUUUCCACAUCUCUGGGCGAGGAAUCACAUAAUAUGGAGAGUUUCAGAAUUGGCUACAUACCGGAUGAAUGGGAUGAAGAAUAUGACAGAGGUAAGAGAAAGAAGAUCAGGGGGGCUAAGCACGAAUUCAGUGGGCCGAAUCCUUUCCAAGAAAUUGCAAACAGAAAAGCACAGUUGAAGAAAAUUAAGAUAGACCAGUCUAGUUCUGGGAACCUACCAUUCAGGAUAUGAAGAAAGUCAGUAGUCCAUGUCCUUGGAGCAAAUCACAAAAUUUUGUCAUGCUGUAAUAGAUUAUGUAGUGAGUGAUUGAUUAUCGCUUUGUCUGGAGCUAAUGUGGAAUCUGGGGAGCAUUACAAAUUCUAUAAGGUGAUGGUUUGUGCACUCCUUUUAUUUUUCUUUUCUAUUUAUUGGUGUUAAAGAAUGUCAGAUAUCUAUGUAACCCUUGGAACACUUUAGCCAAAAGUGCUUUCUUGUUUGAGAAAUGUAAUAAUAAUCUGGAGUCUGGAUUAGUA